AUGGCAGAGCCCGAUAUUCACCCCCAACGGCGGUCCUCCUCUCAAGCGUCAUCUGCUUCAAGUAGGAGUCAAAGGGCUAGAACGCUCAGACACCAGUCGCAAAAGCGCCAUUCGACUUCGCCUAAUGAAACUACCGACCUCACAUCGUUUCCUUCGCUUUCGCCGCCUGAUCGAUCUCCCACCUUGACUCGAGGGGUGACGAAUACACUGUUCGCAGGUAGUGAGGGAGGAGAGGGCGCGAAUGAGACUGGACGUGGGCGCAAGGCUACUCUUGCAAGUUUGACGACGGGAUUGUCCCAUAAGUCAGGUAGGGGCGCCCUCUUCGCCGAUUCGGUCCCCCCGCGCGAUAUUCCAGGAGCUUUGCACUUGGCGGAUGAUGGGCAUAUUGAGCGUUUGAUCGCCACCACCGGGGCUGUUCAGAUUGUGCGCCAAUUCGCCCGUGAUCUGGCCCAGCGGGAUGCGGAAAUUUCAUCCCUUCGACAACGCGCUGAUGCUAGGGAGCGGGAAUUAAAGAGGAUGUUGCGUGAAGUGUCCGUCUCGAAUCAGGAUAUUGAACGCCGCCUUUACCAGCUUGAGAAUCCUACGGAUGACCGCAAUUCUGAUGGAGAGAGCAGCACUAGCGGUGAUCAUGCCGGGUUGAAUGGGCUGAUGUCUCAGGCCAUGACAGACACUGUCGGAUCCCAACCGGAUGGGGAGUCUCAGGGCACUUCAUCCGAUCUACAGGCCACCAUUCGGGCUGCUCAGCGGUCAGAAAAUGAGAAUCGGAGUGGUGGCGGCACACCAAGAUCCGACGCUGGCGUCAAUCGGAGACGACAAGGUUCGCUUCGUGGCUGGCAGGAAUACUUCUUUGGCUCCACCAAUGCUAGUCGAAAGACAAGUCGCGCUAGCAGUAUUAUGAGUGAUAUGCACGAAGUUGAAGAAGAAGACACCGCAGAGCGUGUUCGCGUCCCCAGCAACCCAUCAGUGAGGCGCAAAGCCCUUGACGACCAGCUUUUCCAUCCUCCUGGUGUGGCGGUAAGCGAGAUCUUGAACAGGAGAAUCGCCAGUGGAUCUCCCACUGGUGACGAUGCAAGUAUUCAUUCACGAAAAUCUUCGCGCUCGCUCGGUUCAUGGACGGUGAAGUUGUUCGCCGGCAAUGCGCAAUCAAAGGAUGCUAGUGAUUCUGAGACCAGCCGCAACAGAACCGCAUUGGACAAUCAAGACAAAGACAAGUCAGCUGGGGCUACUCUAUCCGGAGCUGCUUCCUCCAAAAGUGGAUUGUCUGCGGUCGCUGCACUGAAAAGAAUCAACAGCAAUUCCAACGUUACUACUGCGGCGGGACGCACCACUAGUAGCAGUGGUACGGUCAAGAUAAACCCCCAGCGAAGGAACCCUGCUGGAAUCAUUCCACAAGGCGCAGCCGUUGAAAGUACCGACCGAAGCUCGACCAACUUGGGACCCGUUGAAAUGGAUGCUAUCUUACCCUUGGAGUCUCGACCUCCAACUCUAACUCCCAUUUACAACAACUCCCAGCCAGGCGAAUUUCUGACAGAUCGUUUUGGCUUCAUCUACGACCAGCGGCGGAAAAAGCGUCAAAGAGAAGCUAACGCAGGCAAGGGUCAUAAGUCACGCUUAAGCAUCGCCGAGACUCUUGGCAAUCACCGCGCAGACUCUGAUGUUGAGGAUAACGCUCAAACAAGCCCUAUCACUCAGCAACCGGCUGACACUCCGAGCUCUCUUCCCGGCUCUCCUGACGAUGAUCCGGAAAAUGGAGCUGUUGGAAUGCGUCGCUGGCAGGAUUAUCUAAGAAAGCCAUCUCGCCCGACAGAGCUUCUGUCUCAUACACCCUCUGCUGGUCCCAUCGUUUCCUUGAUGACCGCGGGAGAAAGCCGUCCGCACAGCUCGUCAGUUUCUGUGGAUAAAGAUGGCGCUGUAUCGGUUGGUGCAAGCGCACAGCCCUCUGCAUCUACUUCAACUAUCACCGCCGAUCGUCCCGAAUUCGCUGGGACCACCUCAGAGGACUCGGCCAUUGUAACGUCAACCGGAGCUGGCGUUACUGAAACCGAACCGGUGAAGCUACUUCUAGAGCAACUUACCGAUCUUCAUGAUUCUCUCCAGCGAGAUCGGACAGUGCGAUGGAACGAGUUCCUUCGCAAGGUUCGUGCUGAGCGCAGGAAGGAAGGCGAAGCUGCGGCCGCUGCAGCCGCCGACCGGUCUGUGACUGCUGUGGACACGCCUGAAGCAUCUCUCGCAGAUGGAGAGGUCAUUGGCAUCGCUGGACUCGGCAACAAGGGUAAAGUCGGUCGUGCCAAGUGGCGAGAGUUCCGCUUGUUGGUUCUCGGCGGUAUUCCCGUUGCCCUGCGCGCUAAGGUUUGGUCCGAGUGCAGCGGUGCAUCUGCAAUGCGGAUUCCUGGUUACUACGAAGAUCUUGUGCGAGGAAUCGGGGGUACCGAGCCUGACUCUUCGGUCAUUGCCCAAAUCGACAUGGACAUUCGCCGCACUCUCACCGACAAUGUUUUUUUCCGCAAGGGCCCUGGCGUGGGUAAGCUGAAGGAGGUUCUUCUGGCAUAUUCACGCCGGAACCCCGAGGUUGGAUACUGCCAGGGCAUGAACCUGAUUGCAGCCUCGCUCCUGCUUAUCAUGCCGACAGCCGAAGAUGCAUUCUGGAUUUUGACUUCGAUGAUAGAGAUCAUCUUGCCCCAUCAUUAUUAUGAUCAUGGGCUUCUCGCGUCCCGCGCAGAUCAGGUUGUCCUCCGCCAGUACAUUUCAGAACUUCUACCGAAGUUGUCAGCUCACCUGGAAGACCUGGGCAUUGAGCUGGAAGCACUUACGUUCCAGUGGUUCCUUUCCGUCUUUACAGAUUGUCUCUCUGCGGAAGCAUUAUAUCGUGUAUGGGACGUGGUCUUGUGUCUCAACGUUACUAGUACCAGUACGGUCUCUGCUGGCCCUGCACCGACGACCACUUCAGCUGCAUCGAGCGUCAAAGAUGGCAAGGACAAGGCUACUCCCCCCACAGACGAACUUGCUUCCGGCAGCGGAGGAGGAAGUACGUUCCUCUUCCAGGUCGCCCUGGCGCUCCUCAAACUCAAUGAGCCACAGCUGCUCACCACGUGUACUACUCCGGCCGCAUUGUACACCUACAUCAACCACCAAAUGACCAACCAUGCAAUCAGUAUCGACGGUUUGAUCCAAGCCAGCGAGGCGCUUCGUAACAUGGUCCGUCGUGAAGACGUCGUCGCUCGCAGAGCUAUUGCUUUGCAGGAAAUGCGUGAGUCUAGCGGUGGCCGGACUUAG